GACAAAAACAAAACAUGACAGCCGACCAGCAGACAAGGACUGUUAUUACGUGACAUUGGCUUCGACGGGUCCACAUCGUGUUUUAAUAAUGUGAACAAGAAUUUAUAAAACAUUCCAGAGCUGAAAGCCUGCGGCACGAGCGAACAGCUGAAUGUUAGCAUAGCUUAGCUCGCCUUGUUUGGUGGAGUUUCAUCGACAACAGGAACACUGGACUGGUUUCGUUUCUUUAAAAAUACAUUUUCUGGAAAACAUGACCACGUUAAGAUAUUUCACGUUGCUUUCCUGACCUAAGCUGUCAGUGAAUAUUCUUUCAACCUGGGGCAGUCCUUAUCUUGACAGCACAGACGGGCUUCUGUUUGCUGUUUAUCCAGGAAAAGAAAAACAUACGAUGACUUGUAGCWGAUCGGUAGAUUAUAAGUGAUCUUUUCCACGAGGAGACUCUUCGGGAGGCCGUGAACUGAGCUGAUGUGAUCAGGAACUUAAAAUGGAGGCUGUAAGAACAAAGAAGAGCCAAGGCAAAAGCAGCRGAAAGUCUCAGAAGGUCAGGAAGCAGAAACAGGCUGAUGAAGAUAAAAGAGCUGAGGCUCCACCUGCUCUCUGUCAUGAGGCCUCCGGCUCUGGCUUCACGGAGAUCCCCCUGAGUGAAGCCAGAGCUGCAGCUCCAUCUACUCUCUGUCAUGAGGUUUCCAGCUCUGACUUCACGGAGAUCCCCCUCAGUUUGCCUCCUUCUUCUCCUCCUCAGCCUGAGGAGACCCAGGAGGAGCAGGAGAAUCCUGUCCUAACCUUCAGCACAGYGGCACAGCCAUCCCAGCUUCCUGCUGAGACGCAGCAGACCUCCUCAGUGCCGACUACAUGUACAUCAGAUUUAACAGCAACUCUACAGUCGAGUCUGAAAUUGUCAGCAGUGACACCAAAUGAGACAACUCUCCAAACGGAGUCAAACAAGGAAGCAGGAGAGGACAUCAGGGUGGAAGCUCCAGGGACUGAACUUAAAGUUGCACAACAAACCUCUGAGCCGGAAAAAGACUUGCAGCCUUUUGUUGCAGCUCAGUUUGACGACCCGAGUGCCCCAGCUUUGUACCCGUCGCUUCCUAAUCUGGGGGGUUCUGUGACACGACUCUGUGAGGAAGCUGUGGAAAACUGUGGAAGGGAACCGGCGGUGUUGGCGCUUCCUGAGCAGGAGUCCUCUCCUUUGAGCCUGCAGCCUCUGAAAUGUGUAGCUGAGCUUUCGGGGAGCAAACUGUACCCCGAGUUACCCAAAACAGCUCCAGAGAUGCAGGCGUUCUCACUGGAGCAGCUGAGUGUCUGGGAGCCGGGCGGUGGGUUGCGAGCGUGGCUGGAAGGCGUGGACGUCUGUGCCGCGCAGUUCUGCGCUCUGGCCCAUCAGGAGAACCACGAGCUGACUGAACUAGUGCAGAACUACUGGCGCUGCCGCAGACAGCUGAGCCAGGCGCACACGCAGCUGCACACGCAGUCGUCGGACUGCAGAAGCACACAGAAUCGCCUCUGGAGCUUCAGGGACGAGCAGCUCACGCUCCAGGGUGUGUGCGCAGACCAGUCUAAGGUGUGUGGAUACCACCGUUUCCAGCAGGCAGAGUUUAGCCCGAGCGUCCUGGCCGAGCUGCGGGUUCUGUUCGAGAGCUGCAGUGAGCUGCUCCACCAGAAGGUGGCGCUGCAUGCCUACACCGCGCUGCUGUCACGCCUGCAGGUUGAAUCCUACCUGCAUCGCCUACUCAAAGAUUACUCUGGCAGCCAUUCGCAGCCUUGUUCUCUUCAACCUCUGAAAGAGGCCAUCAGCGUCCUGUUUAGUUUCACACGCAGAGUCCUCGAUGACGCACAGUUACAGAUGGACAUCCAUCAGUGGCUGGAGAGACUGGUCAUCAUCUUGUUGCACGUUGGAGGAUCAGAGGAGCACUUUUACCUGCUGUGCCAUCUUUUAUGCUGUCCUGCUGGGGUGGGAAAGUGGGCUACACCCUUCCUGCAGGACCCAGAAACCAGCUGGCUGCUGCUCUGUGAGGAAGAUCUGAUCUCCCUGCUGAACCAGUUCCCCUUCCAGCAGCUUUACUCACACAUGCUGGGGAUGAGCAAGCAGGGUGUGUACGAGCCCCAGGCCUGCUCCAGUCAGAAGAUGAUGCGCGUCUUCGCCUUUGCUUCCUCGCUGAUCGAAAUCCUCUCUCUUGGUUUACAAACGUACAACAGAGCGCGCUACAGGCAGCUCGUCAAACGAAUAGGACACAUCAUACGCAUGACGGUGUGCUACGUGAGCGAUCACUGGGCUCAGUAUGUGAGCGUGACGGAYGCUGCUGGAUCCAGCUCUCUUGUUCACUCCAUGUCUUUGGACAAACUGCAGCUGGAGUAUGAUCAUCUCUUCCUCAGAGCUGUUUUACAUGUUCUCAGAAACAAAAGGUUGGGCAUCUGGUUGUUUAUGUCAGAGAUGCCCUACGGGACUCUGUCCAGCUCUAUGCGGUGGAAGGUCCUGUACGUGAUGCAAUGUGCAGAAACAGCAGGACUGGAAACACUCAGCGGUGUUGCAGACACACACUCCUGCAUUCAGGCUCUCAGAGACCCAAAUCACCAGGAGAGAUUUGAGCGAUGGCUGUGUGAGGUGAACAGCUCCGAUGGCAUCUCCCUCCUCACCGCACUCGCACACAUGGCCACACCCACUCAGCACUUUGACCCGGCAUUCAUCACAACCAUCACUCUGCUGAUUUAUCAGGUGUCUUAUGUCAGUGUGUCUACCAGAGAAACUUACUCAAAGGUGGGGAGGGAGUUGCUGGCUGUCAUAGCUUCAGCCCAUCCCCAUGUCAUCUGCGUGCUCCUGGAGAGGCUGAGAGAGACCAUACAGACUGUCGGAAUGAUGGCUCUGUACUUGUGCAAAGAGCUGCCUCUGAGUCUGUGGAAGCCACAGCCGGAAGAAAUAUCAGUGAUUGGAGCCUGGCUGCUUCAGCAUCCUCUGUCUGCWGUGGAGAACCGGUUGGCUUGUGUUAUCCUGGAGGGUCUCAACUGGGGUUACUCACAGGACGGGUCUUUGGCCCUGCCCUCUGUCCUCCACAGUGAGGUGGCUCUGCUGGUGGCUGAAGCUUAUCAGAAGUAUCUCACAGAUAAACCAAACAGUGGCCUCAUAUCAGAAGGAAUCAAACAGGUGUCUUACCUUGCCAGUGUCCUUCGUUUGGGCGUAUCUCCCGAAGCAUCCUUCAGUCAGUGGGCGUGGCAGCUGCUGCUGCGGCUGAAGCUSCAUGGAAACUCCCAGAACCCUAAAGGAUCCUGGGCAGUGCCUGCUUUGGCGUCUAACCCACCUCCGGAGCUCACACACGCUCCCAGCAUGCACUCUGUUCUCAGGGCUGUAAAAGCAGGCCUUCCGAUUGGAUGCUACCUGUCACUUGCCAUGACAGUCGUGGGGCACAGACUGGAAAAGUUUUGUACUGAUGGAGUUGAGUUGUUAAAAAGUUUGAUUCAGUCUCGUUACCUGAGAGCAGCUGUGCAUCUGCUGGAUAACAUCCUGCCUCCGACCUACCCUCUGAGYUUUUACCUGCUCAACAAUCCUCAGUUUGUAAGUUGUAUCCAGCUGUUCCUGCAGUACGACAGCGUUUGUCCUCAAGGUGUGACGCAACACGUCACACAUCGAGUAGCACCACUUCUAACCGGAACCACGUAUGGAGACAACGUCCGUCUGCUAAACAGCGUCAUUCAGAGUCACAUUGUGGAAAGCUCUCGGCCCGGCCGUGUUGGAGCUGCUGCAGUGCUGGAGUUCUGGGUGGGRAUCCUGACUCUGCAGAACUUGUGGUAUCGAGACAAAACUGUGCUGUUCCUCAUGGAUCAGAUCUGCUGUGCUGCCUUCGUUCACCACCAGGAGGAAUGUGUGCAGAAGCUCCUCUAUCAGCAGCACAAGAAUGCCUUGGGUUACCAUGGAGAUCGGGGUCUUCUCUCCUCUCUGGUUGGCUGGUUUGCAGGAAACGCCACACCAUCCUUUAUCGAGGGCCAAUCGCUGAGUGAAGAAGUUUGGUUCGCCUGGCUGGUGCUGAACAUGGAGAGGCUGUUCGAGGAAGAGUCUCAGCUGAGACGCUGUGUUGAGCAUGAGCUCCUGUCAGAGCCCAACAUCUCUCCAGAUCAAGCCUUAAAGAGAGCACAGCAGAGGCUGAAGCUGCCAGUAGCCCCCUCUCUGCAGAGGCUGCAGGUGUAUCGCUGGGCGUGUCAGGCCCUAGCCACCCCGCCUGACCACCCCCUCCUCCCUCUGGUCUGGCAGAAGUUCCUGCAGCUCUACCUCAGGCAGCCUGGACCCGAGUACGGGCUGGCUGCAGGGGGCUGCAUCGGACGAAGGUUCUUCCAGGCAUCUUCUCAUGCUGCUUUACUUAAAGACCUGAGGCAGAGAAUACAAGAGGUGUCUGACUUCCACCACGCUGCCAGCCAGGCCCUCAGGGUGCCCCCGCUAAACACACCUUCAUCAGAUUCCAAGGGGGAGGACACCCCCAGUAAUGCCCAACCACCUUACCUCACCUCCCCUCAGCUCCACUCAGAGCUGGUCAGGUUGUUUGGUGUGUUUGCCUUGUGGAUAGAUGAUGGGACUCUGCAGAAACAGGAAGUGUACCUUCCCUCCCUGCCACCRGAGUAUGAGGCUCACAGACUGGCGCAGGUCAUGCAGCGACAACAGGAACUUUGGCUGGAGUAUAUAGAUCAGGAGCGUCUGCAGUAUGAUGAGAGGGAGGUCUUGUCUCUGUGGGAGAAGGUGCAGAGUGAGCCUACGUUCCUGCAGCCUCAGAGUCCAGGCUUCACAGACCACACCAGCCACAGCAAUGCAAAAGAGCGYAUCCUGUCCAAUCUGCAGAAGCAUCCGGUUCCUCUUCGAGCUCCAGAGCUCCAGGAGCAGAAGGCUCCCGUGGCCGACGUUCCCACCGCCUGUCUCUCUGACUUUAAAGCUGCUGCUAAACUCAUACAGCAGGACCUCAGYAUUUUGCAGAAUCAGGCCAGGACUGCGGUUGCACGUGAAGCCCAGCAGGUGGCGAUGGAGCAGGAGCUCCUAGAGAGCCUUUCUGUGCUUUUUAAAAACCAGCCGGAGCAAGUUACCAUGACCCUGGAGUGUAAAGGGAAGGGAGGACAGCCAUGUCAAGGACCAGCGAACAUCACCGUCACAUGUGAGUGUGUCCAGAGACAGGAGGCCGUGCACAACCAGAUCACUUUGCUGCGCAGGGACAUCAAGAAGCUUCAGACUGAUUCUAUGGCCGCUCCGCCUCAAAGCUUAGCCCAAGCUGCUGUUCACACUGAGAACUUCAUCACGGCUCUUGUGAAUAAUUUCAAAGCACAGAAAUCUCCAGCUGUGCAGCAGGUUGGUGUGUYGGCCUUUUACCAGGUGGUCUCUUUUGUGUGUGAGGACACGCUGCGGCAUCCCCCAACACGGCAGUACCUCUCGUCGUGUGUGGAGAUACUGGGACAGGUUUUUAUCCAGGGAAAUGCAGAUGAGUGCGAUCGUGUCUUGAAGGCCAUCCUGGAGCAGAGGCUUCUUUGUCCCCUCAUUUCCCCCUUCUUCACUCCAAACGCAGCCCCCCAUCAGUUCGUCUCGCUCUACCAAGACGUGGUGACGUCUCUUCACCUUGACGUUGCUGAUGUCAUUUUCAUGCUGCUCACUAAAUUUGAUUUGUCCCACUGGCUGAACGAGGCUCAUCCCGUGUUUUCGGAGAGAACUCGUCUGCUGGAGCUGAUCCACGGAGCGCUCUGUGUCUGCGGCCGAGACCCCGAGCCGGAGCUUCUCACACCUUUCCACCUCUUCACCAAACACUGGACCAUGCUUUUACGCCACCACUUCCCCGACCAUUACAGYGACUGUCUGCGUCUGCUCAUGACCAGUUCAUCAAACCAGAUGCUGAGUCCAGAGUGCUGGAAAGUGACGUUGCGAGUGCUCGGCUGCUUGCCUCCAUCCCGAAGCACCAAGAGCAAACCUGAAGUGUCCCUUGGCAGCACUGUUGGACCCUCAGCUUCUCCCUACAGACCCCCCAUCAGUCUCUCGCCUCAGCAGGUGGACGAGACAGUUGAGUGGCUGAGUGAGUACUUCCUGCGAAGUCGUCUCAGUAAGCCUGACCUCCGCAGCUUCGGCCUCUUCUCUGCCUGGGUUCCCUACAUCAGUCACGUCGUUACCUUCUGGGAACAUCUGAUUGGUUGUGUUAUCAGUGUGCAGGUCAGCAGCUGCGCCAGAGAGUCUGUGGGCAGCAGCAGAACGAUGAAAGCUCUGCAGGACCUUUACAGUAAGCUUGGGAAGUUAUUUAAGCCCUGGAUCUUUCCCCUGGACAGCGGUGAAGGCGGUAACAUUAAGUGUUACCCUUGGUUGGAGACAGACGCGAGUGCAGCGGGACACCUGGUUGCUUUGUACGUUCAGCUGACCGACACACUUCACCACAAAUUCAGAGAUCGCCUGCUGCCUGGUCAGAGAGGGGCUCUGUGGCUGUGUCUGAUGCAGUACUGUGAGAACUGCACCUCCCCCCGCACACCGGAGUACCUGCUUUACCUGUACCACACACACUUCCACAGCCUGCCCUGGAGACAUCUGCAUCCCGAUACUCAGCUCAUGGAGCAGUUCUUCAAUGUGGAGCGAGGAAGCCCCAAGAGCUGCUUCCUGUUCAUGGGGGAGCUGUUGUGUGAAGUGAACUGGGUCAGCGUCCUGAGCGAGCACUUACAAACACCUCCCGGCUUGACAACCUACCCCGCUCUGACGGACGUGGCAACGCAGAAGGAGUCACACACCAUGUUGGUCUAUCUGCUGUACAUGCUGGUUUUUCUGGCAAAAGAGGAGCAACUCCUGAAUAAACAGGACGCUCCUCUGCUCAGUCUGUUGGUUCAGUCCACCGCUCUGCCCUGGCACCGACUUGACCUCUCCUCAUACCAGAGCAUUCUGGGAUACGUCAGCACCCACUACCUUCCAUCUCUGCUCCUCAGCUCUGAUUCUGCUCCUCAGCUGCUGCUGAAAUUACUGCGUAGYGCUGCAGGUCUCCACCCACACCCCAGUGAAGACCCGCACAAGGAGGAAACCCUGAAGGCAGGAGGUUAUAUUUGCUGGUGCGUGCAGUCGCUGGUGACUCUGGAACAAGGAGGUGGCAUCACCCUCGGCAGCCUGCAGGCUCAGCUGGAGGCACUUCUGGAGAGCGUCGUUACGUUCAACCCCCCAGAGGUGGGUCUGGAGCAGAGGCACAUGUCGUUCUGCAGCCUUUUCAGUGACGCGUUGGCUCUGCUCAACGGGGUUGGGGUCUCUACAGGCGAGGCUUUGGCCGCUCAUGUCAUCACCUGGCUGGACAGGAAGGGGAGGGGCUUCCCGAUCCUGCCUCUCCUCACCGCCUGCUCGCGCUGCCUGGCAUCGGUGCGACACAUGACGCGCAUCAUGGAGGCGUGCAUCACGGCACACUUCAACCACGCUGAGGAGGAAUCUGUAGGUUGGGGUCCUGUGUUGGCAUCCCUGCAGGUGCCUGAGCUCACGAUGGACGACUUCCUCUCAGAGAGCCAAUCAGGAGGCAGCUUCCUGACGCUCUACGCCUUCAUCCUGCAGCGCCUCAACACUGAAUGCACACAAGCUAAUGACCGGAGGAUCCUGGGUCUCAUUACCUCGUGGACCACCCAAGUCUUCCCCAGUGGUCCCGGUGAUGAAGCAAAACUGUUCCUGUGGUGGCACAAAGCCUUGAAUCUGUAYGUGGAGCAGCUGCAGCCACAAGCAGGUCAAAGUGAAGUGUCAGGAGUCGUCAUGGGUUUGUUGAGCUUACAGAGCAGGCUGCUUCAGCUCGGAGAAGAGAGACAGAMCUCUGGGCUUCUGGGAGCCAUAGGCCUUGGGAAGAGGUCUCCUGUUUCUAAUAGGUUCAGAGUGGUUGUUCGCAGUUUGGCAGCAUUCCUGACCGUUCAGAUGCAAGAGACUGAGCUUAGACUCCAACCCACCCCCGACCUGCAGCUCUCUGCAAAAGCACAACAGACAGUGGGAAUGUUGGAGGCCAUGUCCAGCAAUAAGCAGUAUGCUGAGUCAGAGGAGGCUUUGAAUAAGGCUGUCCAGUUCAUCCGCUACCCAGGACACUGUCUGAAGGACGGCCCCCGACUGCUGGCCCUGCUCGUCAACCUCCUGUACUCAGACCUCAGAUACCUUCACGUCAUCCAUUAACUUGAACAUUUGUCACUUGGAGAUUCAGAAGAUGUUACCUUCCUGUGGCAAAAAAAUAGUGAACUCUUUGCAGACAGAAAUCUUACUUGAGCACAAAGUUUUAAGGUUGUGCUGAAAUCACAUUGGUUUUUCUAUCAGUGAGGACUUUGCAUGGCUGAAGACGAUGUUGUGAAACUGAUCUUUUUUGUUUUUGACAGAUAAUAGAUGAUGAAGCCGGUCAGAGGUCAAAGCAUUUUAUUUUUGUGCUCAUCUCUGACGUUUUUAGCACUUUACUGUCUUCUCUUAUCUGUAAUGCCUUCUUGUUUUAUUUACCUUGCCUAUUGAUUGUUGUUUUAUUUUUUUUAAUUGCCACGAGUUCUGCUCAUGAUUAGAGAAGCAGUAUGUAUUUAUUGAAGCAGAAAUCUUGAAUCAGACUGCAGGGCCGGGUCAAAUUUCACACCUGCAUGUGGAAUCUAACAAAAGAAAAGAUGAAGGGCAGCAGAUUUAAUAAGCUUGUCUCGUUGUACCUUCUUCUUUCGUGGUGGGAGACAUGCCAAGUAAAGCUCGUGGACAGUGUUUAUUGCCUGGUAAAACCCUUUUUCUCUCGAUGCCACAAUCUGAUAGGCUCAAUGCUACAGUGUACACAUACAGACAGAUAUGUUUGAAGUGAUCAUACAACAUCUCGCCAGUAUUAUUCAUGUUAAACCAAAAGUGCUCUAUUUCUAAAAACGUUUUGGGGAUUCUUUGCCAAAGAGACGUAAUUUUCACCAGCUCAUUAUGCCUAAACUAUUUACUCUGGUUUCAUCCGACUCUGCUGUGUCCUGAAACUGCAGUGUAGAAAAAAAGUCCACACUCACUAAAGUGCACCCAGCUAAACCUACAAUGUACCACUCCACUCAGCUUCCUUAUAAAGUGCUACAUGCACUGUAAUUCAGAUGGCUCAUGCUGGUGGUAUUUUACAUUAAGAAGGAUGUGWUGCUGUUGGAGCCUUUAUGUGAUUUGGCUUUCGUAUACUUGUUUAAGGAUAAAAGCAUUUUUUUUAAAUGUUCAAGGCCGUUUUCAUAUUUAAUUACCCUCAUCGGCUCGCCACUCUGUUGCUCUGUACCGUUUCAGAAACAGUCGAACUGCUCCUCAGCAGCGUGGCGCUCGCCUUAUUCCAGUGUCGCUCUGUGAGGACUGUUAAUGUCAGGAGCAUUUUUUUUUAUGAGUCACUAAUCAAGAAUUCGGCUUGGGUUGUGGGAAAAGGAGCGACAGAGUCUGGCUGCACAAAGACAAGUACCGUAAAUAAAGUGGACUGAUUGUAUCUCUGGA